GAGAUUCCAUUUCUUGUGUGAUAUUGACAGUGUAUGACAGAUAGUGGUCGUUUUCGAAUAUUUCAAUAAAUAAAAUUUAAUCGAAAUUUUAUUAUAAUUAGCGAAAAUAAUGGCCUGUACAAUUUGUGGACCUAAAUUCUCGCUAUGCGCUUUGGUAUUGAGUGUUUGGGGUAUAAUACAACUUACUCUUAUGGGAGUUUUCUAUCAGAUUGGGGCAGUUGCACUCUUAGAAGAUCUUCCAAUGGAGGAAGGUGGACACCAUUCUAUUACAGAUUUCAUUGCCCAAGUUGAAGAUGGAUACACUCAGAAUGCACACAACUGUUGGAUUGCUGCAUUACUCUAUGUUAUUACAUUAGUUGUCUCUGGACAUCAGUUUUGGAUGAACAACCGUGCUUCAGUCAGCAUGUAAUUAACUAUCCAAUACUCUAUUCUUGAAUAAUAAUUCCAUUCCAAUUACUUCUGUAAAGUGUAAAUUGUAAAACAAUGAGAUAAAAGCUAAUAAUGUUUGUAAUAAGCUUAGAGAAUUGGAACUCUUGUAGAUUUAAAAUAUUUUUUUGUAUAGAAUCCUUAUAGAUUCUGUACAUUGUUUUAAAAUAGAAAACCUUACAUACUGAGCUUGUUUGUUAUUAUUUAUUCAUAUAAGUUAUUGUCAAUUGUUAUGCAGUAUACACAGCCACAUAAUUUAUUUGGUGCCUAUAACUUUGGUGUUCAGUAAAAGUUAUUUAAUAAUAUGUGUUAAUAUCAAUACUAUUAAGAGGAAGUUUAAAAGUAUUAUCACAGCUAUACAAGCUUUUAAGUUAUCUUUUUAUGUCAGGCAGAAUUGAUUUGUUCACAUACAUAAUUAUGAAUCAAUUUCAAAACAUCAAUGCAUGGGAGUUGUAAGAUUUUGAUCUACAUAAUACACCCAUGCAAUUGAUGAAAAACAUUUUAAACUGUCUGGUAAAAAGGAGUGAAAUAAUUGUACAUUAAAUUGCUUAAAUUAUUCAAUAUUAUGUAUCACAGUUAAUAGAAUUGUAAUGUAUAUAGAAAUAAAGAUAUGAAUGUUGUA